UCUGACUCUGUUGCGUCCCAGAGAGAGAGACAGUAAGACGUUCACCUGCAGAGUUUAUAACAGGAAUGGAGACGAACUGAUGAAGAAAGACAUCUGGCUAAAGUUCAAAGUCCCAGAACAGGUGGUGGUGGAAUCAGGGGUGGAGUCUGUCCUGCUGCCCUGGACAAUCACAGAGAGGCUGGAUGGAGACGUUAAGGUGGAGUGGAAGGACGGAUACAACAGGACGGUCCAUGUGUAUCAGAACGGUUCUGAUCAGCCUGGAGAACAGAACCAGAUCUACAGAACCAGAACCAAGAUGGAUAAAAACCUGCUGAAGAAUAAAAACCUCAGUCUGACUCUGAAAUGUCCCACAUUUAGAGACACAGGAAGAUACACCUGCAGAGUUUAUAACAGAAACAGAGACGAACUGAUGAGGAAACAAGUUAGUUUGAAGGUCGAAGGGAGAUUCCAGGUCCAACCAGAGACACCAGGACCAGAGGACACCAGGACCAGGAGCAACUCUAUUGAUCUGCCUCUAAUGGGUGAUCAAUCAGUCUGA